AUGGACUCCUCGCUCGAGACGUUCCGGACUAGACGGGCACAGUACAGUUCAGCCCUGAAACGCUUCCUCGACUCCCCAAAGGACUUCGAGAUCAUCACGUCGGUAUCCCAUGGCGGCGCUGGACCCCGCGCCCCGUCAUCUUCAGAAGUCCUGCAUGUUCUGGAUUCAUCAUUCAACCCCCCAACUCUCGCCCACCGCCGCAUUGCGUGCUCUGCCGUCUCAGAGAGCAGGGAUCAGCCUUGUCGCGUUCUUCUCUUACUCGCAACCCAGAAUGCCGAUAAGCCCUCCAAACCAGCCUCUUUCGAGGACCGCUUGAUCAUGAUGCAGCUCUGCGCCCAGGAGGUCCUAACGUUUCUAGAAUCGGAGAUGCCGGCUGCAGAUCUUCCUGUCGUUGAUAUCGGUGUAACGAAGAAGCCUUACUUUGUGGACAAAGCAACGGCGAUCGAGGCUGCGGGUGUGUAUCCCGAGGGCACUCGGCAGGUCCAUCUCACCGGCUACGAUACUCUGAUCCGGAUCUUCAACACCAAGUACUAUCCACCGGAGCAUAGUCUCAUGCCGCUGGAACCAUUCCUCUCCAAGCACAAGUUGCGGGUGACAAUACGCCCGGACGAUGAAUGGGGUGAUAAAGCUGAGCAGGAAGACUAUGUUGCCGACCUAGCCCGGGGAGGGCGAGAGAACGAGGGAGGCAAGCGAGAAUGGGCUCAGCAGAUCCAACUUGUGGAAGGAAGAAGGGCCGAAGAGCGAGCCGUAAGCUCGACAAAGGCGCGAGAAGCUGCCCAGACAAACCCGCAAGACCUCGACUGGUUGGUACCGGUAACGGUUCGAGACUUCAUCCUCUCAGAGCAGCCAUACUCGGAGUAA